GCAAGUCUGCGGCAAGCUAUUUUGCAAAGUUUUAAGUAUAUAAGGAUUUGUACGAAUGAAAUAAAUUUUUUGCCGACAUUAAUAGAUUAAAUAAGUUUACAAAUCUGUUUCUAACAAAUAUCUUUCUACGUACAAAAAAUGUCAAGUUUAUCUAAAAGAGCAAAGGUAGAUGAUAUACCAAAUGAAAACGAAGCAGAAGCUUUAGAGCAAAUUGAUGCCUGCCAAAAUGAAAUUGACGCAUUAAAUGAAAAAGCCAGCGAAGAAAUUCUGAAGGUUGAGCAAAAAUAUAAUAAACUAAGGAAACCUUUCUACGAGAAAAGAAGUGAACUCGUCAAAAAAAUACCAAAUUUUUGGAUAACAGCGUUCAUUAAUCAUCCGCAAGUGUCGGGAAUCUUGGAUGAGGAAGAGGAAGAAUGCUUGCACUUUUUGAAUAAACUGGAAGUCGAAGAGUUUGAAGAUAUCAAAUCUGGCUAUCGCAUUAACUUUAGUUUUGAUGAAAACCCGUACUUCACAAACAAAGUUUUGACAAAGGAUUUUCAUUUGGGAACAUCAUAUAAUUCUGACGGCGAAGGCCCUUCAUCAACAAGUACGGUAAUACAGUGGAAAGAAGGCAAGAAUUUAUUAAAACAAUUACUCAACAAACCUUAUAAUAAUAAAAAGAAAAGAAAUAUGGAAUUUAAAACAUUUUUUGAUUGGUUCACUGAUAAUACCGAUCCAGUAAAUGAUGAGAUUGCGGAGUUAAUUAAAGAUGAUUUAUGGCCGAACCCACUGCAGUAUUACUUAGUGCCUGAUAUUGAGGUUGAGCCGGAAGAAGAUAAUGAAGACGAAGAUGAUAAUGAAGAAGAAAUUGUGGAUGAGGAAAAUUUUGAGGACGAAGGAGCUGCAGGCGAAAAUUGAAUCUGAAUACAAAAAUUUAUGCUAAUUUUAAACAUGAAAAUAUUGGAUGACAUUAAACAACAGAAGAACCUUUAUUUUUGAAUUAGGAGUUUUUUAUAAAAUAAAAUGAAGGAUAACUUGUAAAACAGCAUUUCUAUCUAAUGAAUUAUAAUAAUUCAAUUUAAAAUUAUUUGUAAUUUUUUAUUUGUCACAUAAAAGAAUAAACUGUAAUUAUAAAAAUUUAUUUCUCCUCAAAAUUCCAAUUUAAAAAGUUAGCAAAU